UGCAUCGCCGCGCCUACUGAGCCGUGGAGGUUUGAGAGACUUGAAGGACCAGUAAACGUUUGAAAGGACAAUGGCAAGUCUAAUAAGGCCUAGAUAUAAUCCCAUAGGGCACUAGAAGGGAAGAUUUCCGACGGAGCUCAACGCUCCUUAAUUAUGGACUUCUGUGAGGUGCACGAGUUUGUUGCAAGGUUCGCAACGCCCGAGGGCGUGUUUAUCACGUGGCCCUCUCCAGGGGAAUUGCCGUCUUCGCGUUUUAAUUUCAGCCCCGAACCCUACAUCUUUGCGCUCUUGCGAUAUGUCCCUGUUCACGGGUUGGGGAGUGAUCAUAUAUGUUCCACUAUUGUUGACAAAUGCGGUUGCGAUUCUAAACGAGGAACGGUUUUUGGCACCCAUUGGAUGGUCGACUGUCCAACAGCCGGUAGCUACAUAUGAUCAAGGAGGCUUUGGAGACCCUCAGGGUGAUACUAUCAAAGCUCGACUGAUAGCAUUGAUAAGUGCUGUCAGAACACUACUACGAUUCCCUUUAAUACUGGCAAAUAUCCUCAUCAUUAUCUGGGAACUCCUAUUCGGGUGAAGGGGAUGUUUUAGACGCUUGUCUGCAUUUUGUUUGAUAGGACUGCCUUCCGACAGAGGACGGAGAGCAAUUUUCAAACACCUCCAUUAUCCUUAUUUGGUUGUAUCAAUAUCAUGGACAUGGCCUGUUGGCUAUUAAUAACAAGCACGCUCGCAGGAU